CGAGGAGGUAAGUUAAGGAAAUAUGGCGAUGUCUAAUUUGUUAAAGAACAAGGGAUCACUCCAGUUUGAGGACAAGUGGGAUCUUAUGCGCCCCAUUGUCCUUAAGUUGCUUCGCCAAGAGUCCGUGACUAAGCAGCAGUGGUUCGAUCUCUUCUCAGAUGUUCACGCAGUUUGUCUAUGGGACGACAAAGGGCCAGCAAAGAUCCACCAGGCCCUCAAAGAGGACAUCUUAGAUUUUAUUAAGCAAGCCCAAGCGAGAGUGCUCAGUCAUCAAGAUGACACGGCGCUCCUUAAGGCUUACAUCGUGGAGUGGAGAAAGUUCUUCACGCAGUGUGACAUACUGCCCAAACCGUUCUGCCAGCUGGAGAUCACCCUGAUGGGAAAACAGGGCAGCAAUAAGAAAUCCAAUGUGGAGGACAGCAUUGUGAGGAAGCUGAUGCUGGACACUUGGAAUGAAUCCAUAUUCUCCAACAUCAAGAAUAGACUGCAGGAUAGUGCAAUGAAGUUAGUUCAUGCUGAACGUUUGGGAGAAGCAUUUGACUCGCAGUUGGUCAUCGGGGUCAGAGAGUCUUAUGUGAACUUGUGCUCCAAUCCCGAUGACAAGCUGCAGAUCUACAGGGAUAACUUUGAGAAGGCCUACCUAGACUCUACUGAGAGGUUCUACAGGACCCAGGCACCAUCAUACCUGCAACAAAAUGGAGUACAAAACUACAUGAAAUAUGCAGACGCUAAGUUAAGGGAAGAGGAGAAACGUGCACUACGAUAUUUAGAGACUCGACGUGAAUGUAACUCUGUACAAGCACUUAUGGAAUGUUGUGUGAAUGCACUGGUAACGUCAUUUAAAGAAACGAUCUUGGCUGAAUGUCCAGGCAUGAUCAAACGGAAUGAGACUGACAAGCUUCACCUCAUGUUCUCGCUCAUGGAUAAAGUGCCCAGUGGGAUAGACCCCAUGCUGAAAGAUCUGGAGGAGCACAUUAUCAGUGCUGGACUGGCAGACAUGGUGGCUGCUGCUGAGACCAUCACUGCUGACUCUGAGAAGUAUGUGGAGCAACUUCUAACUCUGUUCAAUCGCUUUAGUAAAUUAGUGAAAGAAGCAUUCCAGGAUGAUCCACGAUUCUUGACGGCCAGAGAUAAAGCAUACAAAGCAGUUGUGAAUGAUGCCACAAUAUUUAAGUUGGAGCUGCCAUUGAAACAGAAGGGAGUGGGCCUCAAAACACAACCGGAGUCAAAGUGUCCAGAGCUGCUGGCCAACUAUUGUGACAUGCUGCUAAGAAAGACGCCACUUAGUAAAAAGCUGACUUCAGAGGAGAUAGAGCUCAAGCUAAAGGAAGUGCUACUUGUGCUAAAAUAUGUCCAGAACAAGGAUGUAUUCAUGAGGUACCACAAAGCCCAUCUGACAAGGCGUUUGAUCCUGGACAUCUCAGCAGACAGUGAAAUUGAGGAGAACAUGGUUGAGUGGCUUAGGGAAGUUGGUAUGCCUGCUGACUAUGUGAACAAACUGGCUAGAAUGUUCCAGGACAUCAAAGUUUCUGAAGAUCUUAACCAGGUUUUCAAGGAAAUGCACAAACACAACAAGCUGGCUUUACCAGCGGACUCUGUGAACAUAAAGAUCUUGAAUGCUGGAGCAUGGUCACGUAGCUCAGAGAAGGUGUUUGUAUCUUUGCCCACUGAGCUGGAAGAUCUCAUCCCUGAGGUGGAGGACUUCUACAAGAAGAACCACAGUGGCCGCAAGCUCCACUGGCACCACCUCAUGUCCAAUGGCAUUAUCACUUUCAAGAAUGAAGUUGGGCAGUAUGACCUGGAGGUGACGACCUUUCAGUUAGCUGUACUUUUUGCCUGGAACCAAAGACCCAGAGAGAAGAUCAGCUUUGAUAAUCUGAAACUUGCCACUGAGCUGCCUGAUGCUGAACUGAGACGAACUCUCUGGUCUCUUGUUGCCUUCCCAAAGCUCAAACGCCAAGUGCUGUUAUAUGAACCUCAAGUGAGCUCUCCCAAAGACUUCACAGACAGUACAUUGUUUUUCGUUAACCAGGAAUUCUCCUUGAUAAAAAACUCCAAGGUUCAGAAGAGGGGUAAGAUAAACCUGAUUGGUCGAUUGCAGUUGACGACAGAGCGAAUGAGAGAAGAGGAGAAUGAAGGCAUCGUCCAGCUUAGAAUAUUAAGAACACAGGAGGCCAUCAUUCAAAUCAUGAAGAUGCGUAAGAAGAUCACGAAUGCUCAGCUGCAGACAGAGCUGGUUGAGAUCCUCAAGAACAUGUUUCUCCCUCAGAAGAAGAUGAUCAAAGAACAGAUCGAGUGGCUCAUUGAGCACAAGUACAUCAAGAGAGACGAGACGGACAUUAACACCUUCAUCUACAUGGCAUAAAUGACCCAAGAGAUGAUCCGUAACCGUUCAGAGGAUGAUGAAGAUGACGUACCUGUCGAGGACCAACAGCGGAGGAGGGAUGUUGACAUCUCGAAGAUACGGCUUAGGCUGCUGGUCUUCCGGCGUAGUGAUGAGCUUGACAGUCACACAUCAGAGAAGUUAAUUUAAAAAAUAAAAUCCCUGCCUUACCUUAUAGUGACGACACAAAAGAUGAGGAUAGGAGAUAUUUAAAAAAAAAUAUAUAUAUAUAUAUAUGAAAAAACAAAAGGGAUUCUAUUUUUCCAUCGGUAGUUGGUAUGCAUGGUGGGCGGUUCGCCUUUUGUAUGUGUUCAUCUCCAGCAGCAUGCGGUCAGUGGAAAUGUCACAUUCAUUCAAGGACUUUUUUGUGUGUGCUGUGUUACGAGUGUUUUUUUCCCCUCCCAAAUCCUCCGUCUGGACUUCAUCAUGUCCACCCAUUCUCGGCACACAGGCUGGGCGAGAGCUGUCUCACUGUUGUACCUGCUGUUGUACAACACCUUGCCAUGCACGCCGACAACAAAGUCACUGAGGAGCGUGAACCAGGACGGAGGACUAGCAUUAGCACUUUCACAAACUCUUCCACGAUGUGUCAGCAUGGCUUUAUUUGGGUUGUUUUUUAUGUCUUUGGGUUUCGUUUUCUUUUCUGUCUGUUUGGAACUAUCCUUAGGAUACAAAAGAUUUGAGUGGCUAAUCACAGUUUACACCACAAGUUAGUCUGGGUUUAGAAAGAUAGUUUACCCAAAAAUGAAAAUUCUGUCAUUAUUUACUCAUACAAACCGUAUGAGUUUUUGUUUUGCUUUUUGUUUUUUGGUUUCUUCACUUUCAAUGUAUGGAAACUAAAUGCAGUUAAAUGGAAUUGUGACUAAAACUAACUUUCUUCCAAACAUCUCCUUUAGUGUUCCACAGAAGAAAGUAAGUAAUAUGGGUUUGCAACAACAUGAGGGUGAGGAAAUGAUGACAGAAUUUUCAUUUUUAGGUGAACUAUAUCAUAAUUGCCAGGAAUAAGGUCGCAAGUGAGGUGAAAGAAACGUCACGAAAAGCUUCCCAUCCAUAUAUCCAUGGUCAAGGUCUGCAGGGAGAAGCAGGCUCACAUGGUUGUAUCGAAUAUCUGUUUCACGAGUCUUUGGUGUCGGAGGACACCAAGCCAAAAAGGUCAUUAUAAUGUUGUCACAAUUUUGUUUUAUUAGUGUUUACUUCAAUGCGGAGGCACAUAGAGAUGGGCGGCUUUUUCCGUUAUCGGUCUCGGCUAACAACUGAGAUGCUGAUUGAUAUAUUCUCUUCACCUCAUCACGACCUCUAAAGCACAGAGUUACUGGAGUUCAAUUAAAGCAAGCAUUGCUCUGACCUCAGGUAAAGUAGGGCAGGAGAGUUAUUUUAAGAGUAGGUUUUGCUGGCGUUCUUUAGAGGCUCACGCCCCUUGCUAAUCACAUGCUGCCACAGUAAAGCACGCGAGUGCUGAUUUAUAUAUUAAAUACAAAUAAUGUGGGAUCUUUUUUAAUGAUUUCUCCCCUUCAGUCCUCUUACACAUUAUCAGUGCAAUCUGAAAUUCCUUGCCACUGAAAUUCUAGGAUGUAAUAAAUCUGUUGUUGGUUAAAGGGACAUUCCACCAUGUAAAUUCUGCCAUUAUUUACUCACCCUCAUGUUGUCCCAAACCCAUGACUGUCAUCCGUGGACCACAAAAGGAGAUGUUAGAAUGACAGCCUCAGUCACUAUUUGCUUUCAUUGUAUAGAAAAAGAAAUGCAAUGAAAGUGGUGACUGAGACUAAUAUUCUGCCUAACAUCUCCUUUUGCGUUCUACAGAAGAAAGUCAUGUGGGUUUGGAACAGCAUGAGGGUGAGUAAAUCAGACAGAAUUUUAAUUGUUGGGUGAACUAUCCCUAUCAGUCACUUAGAGCAGUGGUUCUCAACCAGGGGCCCUUUAGGGGGCCUCAGCACACUUCCAGGGGGGCCUCGAGAUCUCUUAAAAUGAUUUAAAAUAUGAUAUAUUAUUAUAAUUGUUAUAUAAUUAUUAUAAUUCAGCUUACUGAAAAUGCUAAAAAAAAUUUAUAACUCCCUCCAACAGCUUGCUUUUUAUGAAGAAUAUACAGUUCUAGACAUUUCUGGAAUCACAAGUUUUAAGGAAAUAUCUUAUAAUAGAUAUAUCUUAUAAAUAUCUAAUAGUCUACAUGGGGGGCCUUCUAAUAUUUUCUCCGACAGUGGGGGGCCUUGGAGUCAAAAAGGUUGAGAACCACUGACUUAGAGGAAGCCUUGUGACUUUGGCAUCAGGCAUAAACAGUUUAGAAGUAAUUCAGUUUUUUUUGUUUUGUUUUUGAGUCAGCACAAUGCUAUUAUGUUAUGUUGAUCAAAUGACUGUUAUAAAUAAAAGAGGAGUGUCCCAGUUAUAUCCAUUUCUUAUCAGCAUUUGACGGAAUGUUCCAGGUUCAACAGAAGUUUUUAUAUAUAUAUAUAUAUAUAUAUAUAUAUAUAAAACAAGGGACAAGUAAAUUAUUUGUGGUAAUCAACAUUAUGCCACAAAUCCUUUCGAUUGAGCUUACCUUUUCUGAAAGUGAUAGUUCACCCAAAAAUGAAAAUUCUCUUAUAAUUUACUCAUCCUCAUGCCAUCCCAGGUGUAUAUGACUUUCUUUCUUUUGCAGAACACAAAUGAAGAUUUUUAGAAGAAUAUCUCAGCUCUGUAGGUCCGUACAAUGCAAGUGAAUGGCGAACAGAACUUUGAAGCUCCAACAAUCACAUAAAGGCAGCAUAAAAGUAAUCCAUUCGACUCCAAUGGUUUAAUACAUGUCUUCAGAAGCGAUGUAAUCAUUUUGGGUGAGAAACGGAUCAAUAUUUCAAUCCUGUUUUACUAUAAAUCUCCACUGUCACCUUCAGAAAGUGAAAGUGGAGAUUGAUAGUAAAAAAGGAUGUAAAUAUUGAUCUGUUUCUCAACCACACCUAUCAUAUCACUUCUGAAGACAUGGGUUUAAUCUCUGGAGUCGUAUUGAUUACAUUUAUGCUGCCUUUAUGUGCUUUAUGGACCUUCAAAAAUUUUCACUUUUGGGUGAACUGUAAGUAAGUGAAGAAAAGUAUUAGCUCUAUUUUGAAUAUUGACAGUCAAUCUCAGAUGCAGGUUUUUUUUUUAUGGGGGGGGGGGGGGGUUGGUAUAGUAUAAUAACUGAUGGUUGUUUUAAACCUAGGAAAACAUUGCAUAACUUGAACUGAUUUGUUAUACACUCACCAUAUUUCACAGUAUUUUAAUGUAUUGUGAAUGGAAAAGACGUGCUAACAACAGAAAUGUUGUCUUGGUUGAUGCCGUGUGGCUGCAAAACAGCUGUCCAUCUCUAUUAUGGCAUUUUCAGUUGGAAAGACAAGUGUAUGUUUAUAAAACUAAAGCUGAACUAAUUUGUAUUCCUUGUAUUUGAGAUUUCACGUACAACGGCAAAGUCGUUCUUUUAUAAGAUCCAGUAUUUAACAGUGUUUGAGAAUGUUGUGUUAUUUGAUUGCGCACUUUAUUUAUAACUGAAGCAUGUUUGUGAGGGUAAGAGAGAAAGUGUGAGGGUGUUGUCAAAUCUUCUUCUGUUUAUGCAUUUUCAUGUUUUGAAUUUAAAGUCAAUGUUUUCGCUGGCAGUAUCAAUUUCUCUUGGUAAAUACUUUUAUUUGGGGAAGCACUAUAAUUUUCAAAUUUAUCAAUCACAAUUGAAGUUUGUGUGAUUGUGUUAUUUUGGAUUCAGUCCCUCCCUCUCUACCUUUUUUUUUUUUUUUUUUGAUCAAAUGCAAAGCAGUCCCAACCAGACCUUUCAGAAGUUUCAAUUAAUUUGUGUGGAAGAGGACAAAAGUGAAUACAAUUUGCGUGAACCACCUUAAGAAAAAAUGCUUCAUUUAAAAGUCUGAAUUGUGCAUUUUUUUUGUGUGUGUACACAGUUCUAAUGUAUAUUCAAUGAUGCACAAUGACUGAUUAAUGUGAGUUUAUGUGAGUUUACUGCAAUAAGUGACAUCAAAGUACUUCAGUUUGAAAUCUCUUGAUUUUUUUUUUUUUUUUUUUUAUUUUUUUUUUAUAUAAUAAACUGUUUAAAUCCUGACUACAGAUAUGAACAUGAAAAGUUAUCUUGGAAUACUCAAGCAAUGGAAUUGUAUUAGCCAUAUUAUAGUUUAGUGAGGUGAUGUGUUUGGAUGCAAGUAAUUUCAUCAUUGUAAUACUGCGUCACUCUUAAUAAUCUGUCUUGUAAGCAAGAACCGGCUGUCUUUUAUCACAUAAAAGCAGAGGUAUAUUUUGUCCUUUCAGUGUUCUUAAGAGUGUCUUCCAUUAUUGUCACCAUAUGGGUGUUUUGUUUUGUGCAGAACUGCAAAUUAUCACUGACUAUCAACAAAAUUGUUUUGAAAGGUUGUGUCUGAAAAACAUCUCUUAAUAAGUUAAUAACUGUAGGUAUGCUGCAGUCAUAUUUCUAAUCAGUAUUCAUAUUCGUAGAGUCAACUGCUCAAUAAAAGGUAUUCAUUUCUAUGACACAUGUAACGUGCUGCAGUCAUACCAUCUUUUCCCACAUUUCCUCUCACACUUACUGUAUUCUUCCACUGUGAGGUUCAGUAGGAUACUGAACACACAAAAUCGAGUUCCCUGUAGUGUGACGCACUGUUUUUGUAACAAGCAAAACUAAGUGUAAUUCUAAAAAGGUGCAUAUGCUCUGCCUAGGAUUUUCUGUUUUCAAGAUUUCUUGCCUGGAGCCCAAAAAGCUUCAAGAUUAUUUGAAAUUUAUCUCUGAAACGUAUGAGGUGAAUGUGUGCCAUUGUUCAGUGAGGAUCCGGAUCUGGAGGAAUGUUGAAUGGACGUUGUUUUGCAGACUGAAUGAACCAUUUUCAUGUACUGCAUUUGAUUCGAUUUUCUUUGAUUUUUCUUUUAAGUUGCGUAAUUUAUUAACUGGCAAAAUAAAAGACUUUUAAUGAGGCUGA